CGCAAUCUUUUUCAUGGAUAGAUCGCUCGUGACGCUGGUCCGAAACGCGAGUGAUUUGCUCGAGUUGGCGAAGGCUCGCGAGCUCGUUGUUUCGAGCGGCCACGGCGACGAUCGCUUCCUGGCCAAUCUCCUUGUCCAGAGAUACGGCAAAUGCGGCAGCGUGAGAGACGCCCGGGCAGUCUUCGAUGGGAUUCGCUCGAGAAACGCCUUCUCCUGGGCGAUCAUGCUGGCGGCCUAUGUCCAGAAUGGACACGACUCGGAGGCGCUGGAUUUGUUCGCCCAGAUGAGCAGAGAAGGUGCCCAGCCGGACGAGUUCGCGUUUGCCAGCGUUCUCGGGGCGUGUGGGAACCUGAAGCAAGGCAAGGCAAUUCACGCACAGAUCGAGAGCUCUGGAUUGAGGCCUGACGUCGUGCUUGGAACUGCGCUCGUCAACAUGUAUGCAAAGUGCUGGGCAGUGGAGGAAGCAAAGGUGAUGUUCGACCAGAUGGCCGAGAGGAACGUAGUUACGUGGACAGCCAUGAUCACGGCGUUUGCCCAAGGUGGGCUUUUGCACGAGGCACUACAGGUGUUGAAAGGGAUGGACUGCGAAGGCCUGAAGCAGAACGACGUGACUUUUAUCAGCUUGUUGGGAGCUUGCUCUUCUGCUCAAGACGUCCACCGAGGCCGGGAAGUUUACGCUCGAGCAGUGGCUUGCGGCUACCAGUCUCACACCGCUGUGCAAAACGCCGCCGUCAACAUGUUCGUCAAGUGCGGGAGCGUUCCCGCUGCGAAAAGUGUUUUCGAGGUGAUGGAGACGAAGGAUCUCGUGUCGUGGAACGAGAUGAUCGCGGCAUUCACGCAGAAAGGCCUCGACGACGACGCCGUGGAGCUUUUCUGGAGAAUGAACUUGGAAGGCUUCCGUCCCAACGAUUUCACUUUCAGCAGCAUCCUGGGCUCCUGCUCGGUCGAGCAAGGUACUGUAAUCCACCAGUGCAUUGCUUCCAGCGUCUUUACCUCCGAUACUACGGUGCAGAACGCGCUGCUCAACAUGUAUGCCAAAGCCGGGAAGAUCCAGCGCGCAAAGGACUUGUUCGAUGGGAUCCAGAAGAGGACUCUGGUUUCCUGGACGACCAUGAUAACCGCGUACUCUCAGCAUGGCCGCCACGAGGAAGCCCUCGAAAUCUUCAAGAACAUGAUCCUGGAGGGGUUUGAGCCGGACGAUAUCACCUUCAUCAGCAUUCUCAACGCUUGCUCCCAUGCGGGACUGCUCUACCAAGGUUGGUUCUACUAUACGUGCAUGUCCGAGGAUCACAAGCUCCCCGUGUCGCAGGAACAUCACGCGUGCAUGAUCGAUCUGCUCGUCAAAGCGGGCUGGAUGAGUCAUGCGGAGGACUUCCUGCGGAGGCUGCCCAGCCAUUCCGACCCGAUCCUGUGGCGGAUUCUACUGAAUGCGUGCUCCAUGCACGGUGAAGUGGCGAGAGCAGCGCGGGUUACCGAGAUCAUGUCCAAGCUGGAGCCCAACGACGACUCGCACCUCGUUUUGCUGUCCAACGUGUACAAGACGAGCUUCUCUCAAGGUUUCAGAGUCCUGGGCGGUUGAAGGAUGACAAGCUGCUUCGUUCAUUCUACUUAGCAGGAGAAGUAUGGACCAGGAAUUCGUUCAUCACGCAAACAGGCAAACAUUCACGUAUUACUAACUGUGUCUUCUUGUCUUACAGGAGUAGCCGCUGCCUCUACCUCUGGCGCGGCUUUCUGUUCCAUGCUCUCCGGAAGCGGUACUCGCAUUUACUGAAGUAUCGACGUCUGGUGAUGGCUCGACGUGUAAUUCUCCAGCAUCCAAAGAUACGUCGGCAGCAGCAGCCUGAUCACGAGCAGCGUCCGCCGUACUUCGAGGUUUCGAUGCUCCCGUCUCAUUCGUGUCGACGUUGUUUUCAACCUGCGCAAUAGAUAUAUCACGAGUACAAAGAUAUCGUAAAUCAAUCGUACCUUCUGAA